GCUAUACCACAUUAGAAGCUUUGUCCUCGUACAGAUAACUGUAUAUGGCGAUUUUCCUAGGUUUGGUCAAUCUACUUGGCGCAGGGUCUACCUGGGCAACAUCCCCUUCCAUUUCGAUCAAUGUUUCCACGAGUGAGCGCUCGUAACAUGAUAUCCGUAAUGGAUUCUAUAUAAAUACAAGCCUUGAUCGCUCUUCUUUUCCUUCAUUCAAACAUUCCACGCACAUCUCAGUUCCUUAAUCUUCACUUCUAUCAUCAUGAAGUUCACCCAGUCCUUGGUUUCCUUAGUCUUGGCAACAGUUGCUGUUGCCAACCCUACUCCUACUCUUGAGGAGCGGGCUGCUGUAACAAAAUGUGGCCAAUGGGAUACUGUCGCAACUGGAUCUUAUACUGUCUUCCAAAAUCUUUGGAAUAUAACCGGCUUUACCGGUUCUCAAUGCACAACUGUUACUUCAGACACAAGCAAUUCUCUUGUCUGGUCUACCAGUUGGUCAUGGGCAGGAGGAUCUUCCCAAGUCAAGUCUUACGCCAAUGCAGGGCUCAACAUGGCAGCUAAGCAGGUUUCUGCUAUCUCGACCAUCCCAUCUACUUGGAAAUGGAGCUAUACUGGCUCCAACGUCGUUGCUGACGUUUCCUACGAUUUGUUCUCCUCAUCUACUGCGACUGGCAGUGCGAACUAUGAGAUCAUGAUCUGGCUUAGUGCCAUUGGUGGUGCAGGACCAAUUUCAGAAACUGGAUCAACACCCAUUGCAACCCCAACAAUCGCUGGAGUGUCAUGGAAACUCUUCUCUGGACUCAACGGAGCCACCAGAGUCUAUUCCUUCGUCGCUUCCAGCACAGUCAAUAGCUUCUCUGGUGACUUGAAGACAUUCCUUACAUACUUGACUGCCAACCAGAAAUACCCAUCCAGCCAAUAUCUACUGUCGAUUCAAGCUGGUACCGAGCCAUUCACUGGAUCCAAUGCCGUCUUCAAGACGACUGCCUACUCCGUCUCGCUCAAUUAAAUCCUUGAAUAAGGAUUUAAAAGAUGCGAAUCUAUCUAAAGAGUGAUAUUGUCUUUGAAGGAAUUGCAUCUGAAUGGAUGCGAAGGAACUUUGUACAUAUUUUCUCCUACAACGAACAUUUUCAAAACUUAUGAACCCUGUACAAGUAAAAAGAUGUUAUGCACUGGGUUCAUUAUAGCAUAACUUGAAGUUUUUUUCUUUCACGUUCCAACAAUUGAAACUUUCUAAAAUGCUCAACAAGGCAAUAGAACAAAAAUAAUGAUAAGAUAUGUCGCUCACAGUCGGUCUAUGAGGUGGUGAAUUUGUGAGGAACAGUAUAAUAACAUGGAAUCUUUGAAGCAUGUACUUUUGAACAUUGAAGUUGGAUUUGAACGUUGGCCAGAUUUCAACCCCGUAGUUUAGGUUAGACAAUAGAUUAGAAAGCAUUACUUGAGUUCA